CACAAAUACCAAGUUUAUUUAUUGCGAAUUAGUGCAACUGCGAUGUCCAUUUUACAUUCUUAAGUUCCGUGCUUCAAGAAAACAAGAAAAAUGGCAGCGCGACAGCGCUUCGGAGGCAGCAACGAGGAAACAGAACCCCUGUAUUCCUCAGAAAUGCAAGAGCAAGUAAGGGGCCCGUGGGAUGUAUUCGACGACCCUCCAAGAGAACCAACCGUGGGUUCCGAAGUCAAGCGAACAUACAUAGAAUUCGGGGUAAAGUUUCUGAAAAUUGUCACCAUGAUGAUCGUCUUCUGCAUCGUUGUGGGGGCCGCUGCAGUCUCAAAAGGCACCCUCCUACUCAUGACGUCACAAAUCGGACAGAACGUCUCUAGAACGUACUGCAACAAAGACCUUGACCAGAACCUGCAGUUCUUGGUCCACAUAACCCGCGAGGAGCGCGUGGAGUGGAUCUGGAUGAUAAUGUUCGCCUUUUUUGUCCCGGAACUUGGCACCUGGAUCCGCGCCAUCCGCAAGUGUCUUUUCAAGCACUGGAAAGUCCCGUCGUUCCUGGAAAUCCUGUCCCUGUGUAUCACCGAGCUGUGUCCUGCCGUCGGCAGCGCCAUUCUCGUUUACGUCGUCCUGCCCGAGCUGGACGUCAUAAAGGGCGCGAUGCUGACGAACGCCGCAUGCUUCAUCCCCGGGAUCGUCGCAAUGUUCUCCAGGAACCCCCGGUCGGUAAACGACGACUUGCGCAUGACUCUGGAUAUCGUCAGCAUCGUAGCGCAGGCUUCCAGUUUCGUGAUCUGGCCCCUAGUGGAAGACAACGUGACGUUGUACAUGAUCCCGGUUUCGGUAAUCCUGAUUUCGCUAGGUUGGUGGGAGAAUUUCGUGUCGGAUUCGUCGCAGCUGCCGUUUAUUAAACAGUUAGCGAAGAAUAAGGAGGAGUUCAAGACUGAGACGUACUUCAUUUACACGAUUAUUGCGCCUUUGAAGUGCAUAUUUUUCUUUUGUACUGCGUUGGUGAUUUUCCAGAUUCGGGAGGAUGAUGUGAGUUUUUUGUUUGAUAGUUUUGGGGAAGCUUUUAGCGAUCGUACUCUUAACGCAACGCCGAUUAUACCGAUGCUGGAGGUGAAUUAUCAGGAAGCGAUUCAGGAUGGAGUGCCUGCGAUUAUUUCGGUGGAUUAUCUGACGCCCAUAUGGGUUUGGUUGAUUAAUAUAGGGGCGACGUACAUCUGUUACGCGUUUGGGAAAUUUUCGUGUAAAGUUAUGAUUCAAGUUGUCGGGUUUGCCUUCCCGAUUAAUCUCUCGGUACCGGUUCUUCUUUCGGGACUCAUAGCGAUGUGUGGAAUGUACUAUAAAGACGAGUGCAGCUUUGUUGAUACCAUACCGGCGUAUUUGUUCUUCGACUUACCACCACUAGCGUUUCUGGAAGAUUUUCUGUCGAAGCAACAUGCCUGGAUUUGGUUGAUUUGGUUGUUGUCGCAAGCGUGGAUCACUGUCCAUAUUUGGUCACCCAACUGCGACAAACUCUCGAGUACUGAGCAACUUUUCAUGCGACCGAUGUACGACGCGUUUUUGAUAGAUCAGAGUCUAGCGAUGAAUAGGAGGCGCACUGAGCACCCGAGGCACGCCAAAGACGACGACGAAGUAGAAGUCACUGACCUGGAACCCGAGACACCCCAUAGUAAAGACGCCAUAACCCGCAUCUACGCUUGCGGUACCAUGUGGCACGAAACCGACGACGAGAUGAUGGAAUUCUUGAAGUCCAUCUUGCGUUUGGACCAAGAUCAGUGCUGCCACAGAAUAGUGCGCGAAUCUUUAGGCCUAAAACACGACAACUACUACGAACUGGAAACUCACGUGUUCUUCGACGACGCCUUCGUCCGUACCAGCAAAGACGACAACGACCCCCACGUCAACGAAUACGUCGAAAAAAUGGCCUCCCUUAUAGACGAAGCAGCUUCCAAAGUUCACAAAACGUCAGUCCGAAUCCGCCCCCCCAGGAUAUACCCCACUCCCUAUGGAGGCCGGCUCGUCUGGACGCUCCCCGGUAAAACCAAAAUGAUCGCCCACUUGAAAGACAAAGCCAAAAUCAGAGCCAAAAAGAGGUGGUCGCAGUGCAUGUACAUGUACUACCUACUAGGUUUCAGACUGCAAGCAAACGACGAACUUUCCAGAGAAAGUAAGGAAAUCAGAGGCGAAAACACGUACGUUCUGGCUUUGGACGGCGACAUCGAUUUUCAACCCGAAGCUUUGCACUUGCUGGUCGACUACAUGAAGAAGAACAAGACUCUGGGGGCGGCGUGCGGUCGCAUUCACCCCAUUGGUAGCGGCGGGAUGGUGUGGUACCAAAUGUUCGAGUACGCAGUGGGUCAUUGGAUGCAGAAAGCCACCGAACACGUGAUUGGAUGCGUACUGUGUAGCCCGGGGUGUUUCUCACUGUUCAGAGGCAAAGCGCUUAUGGAUAAGAGCGUCAUGAGGAAAUAUACCACGAGAUCGUCCCAAGCCGCCCACUACGUCCAGUACGAUCAAGGAGAAGAUAGAUGGCUGUGCACUCUUUUACUGCAACGAGGAUACCGAGUCGAGUAUUCGGCUGCUUCCGAUGCUUUCACGCACUGCCCGGAGGGUUUCAACGAGUUCUACAACCAGAGGAGGCGCUGGAUGCCCUCCACCAUGGCCAACAUUCUCGAUCUUCUCAUGGACUACGAACACACAGUCAAGAUUAACGAAAACAUCUCCAUGUUGUACAUUUUCUAUCAGAUUAUUUUGAUGAUCGGUACCGUCAUAGGUCCUGGUACUAUUUUCCUUAUGUUAGUGGGGGCUUUCGUGGCUGCUUUUGGCCUCGACCAGUGGAACAGUUUCAUGUGGAACCUGCUACCAAUAGCCAUUUUCGUCUUAGUUUGUGCCACUUGUAGCUCCGACAUUCAGUUGUUCUUCGCCGGUCUUAUCAGUGCCGUCUAUGGGUUAAUCAUGAUGGCGGUAUUCGUGGGCGUGAUGCUACAAAUCAGCGAGGAUGGAUUCCUGGCGCCGUCGUCACUAUUCUUCUUUUGUUUAGCAGGAGAGUUCAUAAUAGCGGCCUUAUUACAUCCAAUGGAGUUCAAUUGCUUGAAGUACGGAGUUGUUUAUUACGUCACGGUACCCAGCAUGUACAUGUUGUUGGUUAUUUACUCAGUCUUCAACAUGAACAACGUUUCGUGGGGUACGAGAGAAGUCACGGUGGUACCGAAGCCCGAAGGCAAAGAAAAGGAGCAAGAAGUUAAAGAAGAAAAGAAAAAACCAGAAACCAAAGACAAAAUUUUGACUUUCUUGGGGGCUAACGCGGAAGACGACACAGGCGCUUUUGAGUUCUCCCUGAACAAGCUUUUCAAGUGCAUGUUCUGUACCUACAAAGCCGACGACAAGGAAAACGAACAACUCAGACAAAUCCAAGAAUCGGUUAAAGGUCUAUACAAGAAAUUAGAGUUACUGGAGAAGAGUCAAAACGUAGAAUUACGUCCGCCGGUGAACACCCCCACAGGUACCACACAUUUGGAAGGUGCGAAGGCAAUAGUGCGUAACAGCCUUCCGGAUAACUACUCCGACAACUCAGCUACCGAGAUAAAUUCUCUACCGUCCGACGAGGUUAUGGAAAACAGUUGGUUCUACGACGGGCCUCUAAUCCGCGGCGAAGUCCACUACUUAAACCGACGAGAAGAAACCUUCUGGAACGAGCUUAUCGAGCGCUACUUGCACCCGAUUGAAGACGACAAGGUCAAAGUAGCCGCAGAAUUGAAAGAUUUGAGAGACAAAAUGGUCUUCACGUUCUUCAUGUUGAAUUCUCUGUUCGUACUAGUCGUGUUCCUGUUAACCCUGAAGAAGGAUCUGCUCCAUCUGAACUGGCCUAUCGACCCCAAAGUCAACUUCACGUACCACGAGAACCUGAACGAGAUCGACGUCUACAUCACGUACUUGGAACUGGAACCCAUCGGCUUCGUUUUCUUGAUCUUUUUCGCCCUCCUCAUGGUCGUCCAGUUCGUCGCCAUGUUGAUCCAUCGUUUCGGCACUUUCCAGCAAGUCAUCACCAAAACGCGCUUGGACUUCAAUUUCUUCAAUAAGACGGUGGAAAACAUGACGACAGAAGAGAUGAGGGCCGCCGAUCCGCUGAAAAUGGUGGCCGAUUUACAAAAAUUGAAAGGUAUUAAUAAUGAAUACGAGGACGAAAAGGACGCGCCGGUGGAUCAGAGGAAGACUGCAAGUAAUUUGGCGCAGGUCGUAGGGCGCGCGUCGAGUAGACCCGUUUUCUACCUCGACGAAGCGUUCCAUAGGAGAGUUACGCAGAUCGGUAACAGCGAAGGAAGAGUUAGCGAAUUUCGGAAAAAGAGUGUGGCGUUUGUGCAAAGAAGAAUGAGUAAAGCGCCGGGAAGGGUUUCUUCGCAGGCUCAUCGUCCGAGUCAGAUAAGCUUUUCCAAUGGAAGCAUUAACGAAGGUUUUCAAUUCCAUGAUCCCAACAGUUCGGAUGCCGACGCGUAGGCGUGCACUGCUUUGGAGGCUAUUAUAUACUUUUACGAUUUAUUUAUGUACUUAGAUACUAAUAUUUUGAAUAAAAUAUCAUUCACGUGA